GUGUGUUUGUAUACCAAAUAUUUUUUCUGAAAUCAUCUGAAUAUACAAGUUAACAAAAAAGUAUCAAAAUGGUUGCAUACUACGAUGAAUGCGACGCCGCAGAAAAUCCCAAAACAUUAACAGAUUGGGUGCGUAAUUUUCGUUUAAAACGAGUUCAAAUGCGUCGCAAAUUAAGAGGUGCUGGCAGCGAUUUGCGCGUGAACGCCAUUUUGUCGACGGCUCUACUACAUGCAGAGCACGAGCUGCGUAGAAAGCAACAGGAAAGAUUUAGUCGUUGGCUAGAUAUCCAAACCAAGUUUGUGCCACAUGGUAAAACCCAUUGUGGUAGUGACGCUGAAGCUGAAGCCAAUGCUAAAAUAGGGGCCGAAGCAGAAGAGUGCGAACGACGUAAAAUCGAAAAUAAUUUGUGGAGGAGUGAGCUAAGUGGCCUCGACAAUUUUAUGCGUAGCCUAAGUAGCACCAACAACAACGCCAGCAACAACGGAAACCGCAGCAGCAGCUACAGGAACAGCAACAACCAACACAAAUGCUCUGCCAUUUCAGUGAGCAGUUAGAAAGAGACAAAUAUAUGGGAGCCAGAUUUUGUGUGUAUACAUGAAAUGGAAAAAAAGAAAGGCAGGAUGUUCGAGAUUCAUCUGUCGAAAUAAUUUUUUCUGUGUCGCCUUAAAUUUAUUUGUUCAUUUGUUAAAUUAGUUUUAUUACGACAACCCAAUUUCUCAUUUGCAGUCGCAAUCAUGUGCAAGGCUGUUAUAGAUUGUAAUGAAAUAAUGAAGGAUUGGAAGAGUGUGAGAGGACGAUGAGCAAACGGCCUUCAAUGCAUUGAAAUGGUGUGAGUCAUUGGCGCUGCUUAAAUGAAAUCCAUGCUGAACGCCACCAGAAAGAGGCUUUGGUUCAGGAUUCACACUCGUUUCCUGCUCCUCGAAACGUUAAUGGCAACGAUGAGGAGGAAUGGAAUACUUGAACAAGCAACAACAACGUCAACAGCAUGAAGCUGAAACUGAAACCCUAUCGAAAUGUCAUAAACUGGCUUAUAAAGAAGUUACGUCGAUCAUCUUAUUGACGAUAUGGUUUGUUAUUGAGUUACUGAGUGAGUCUUCACGUCUGUCCGUGUCUUCCCCAACCUCGACGCUUGGCAGCGAGUUCCGUAAACCAGCCGAUGGCCGAUUCUACACAAAUCGCCGGAGCAGCAGCAGCAAAAACCACCGAGUCUCCCCUGCAUGACAUGCCAAUGCCACAGGCAGCUGACAAAGAACAAUGGGGACAAGGCGGAAUUGCGAGCGGCAGCAACUCCAGCUCAGCAGCUUGCGUGUGUUUGAAGCUCUCGUGCCCGUGCCGGUGCUGCCAUCACCAACUACCACGACAUCUCUACAUAAAACGCUUCGCUGUUGCUGACCACCACCCACCCAUCCACACAGAUACACGGUAUUUGGUAUAUCAGCUGCGAACGAAAAAUAUUGCUUUUUGAACAGAUUUACAGCGCAACAAUACCGAGGAGUUACAAUCAUCCAGAAACUAAACUCCCAAGUCAUCAAAGCGUCUUCGAACCCUGCAACGCAACGGAACUACGAAACCUCUAAAUUUCAGCCAAUUCAUCGCCGUCUUCGGAUCUCGAGGGACUUCAGUUGAAUUCUCGCAUGUAAGCCGUAUGGGAUUUUUCUUGUGAUUAACACUGAAAUGCAGCCAUCAGUGUUAGUCAAGCGGUCGCCUAUAUUGACAUUCUUAGGGUAUGCUUCGCGGUCGCUCAGCCCGUCCUGUUUCAGUUGGGGAGCUUUUAGGAAUGCGAAUAUUGUUGAAGCUCUUCUCUUUUACCCAAUGAUUUCACAGAUAAGAUUCGGACCCUAGCGUAUCUUUCUCCAUACUCUGUACUUGCCUAACCAUUGGGCUAUUGUAAGGCCGAUUUUAAUAUUUGUAGCUAUGCGUCACAGUCGAACUGUUCCUGUGAGUGUCUGGUGCCAGCUGUUUCUUCUCCAUUCGCGCUCGAAAUGUUGGAUAUCUUUGAGAGCAGCGGCUGCCAACCAGAUAAGAAAUCGUACAUUUGCCCCACACACACGUAACUCAGUUUGUUGUUUGGGAACAAGCAUCACUUUUCGUUUAUUUUCCAGCAAUGUGACGCAGUUGAGCGGUACCUGCGCGCAUGUGCAUGGAGCGUGUGAAGGACGAGAAUGCGACAAUUUAAAUUGGUUUCUUGAAUGCGUCGCAAGCCUACAACCUUCGGCAGCAGCAGUCAAUGGGAUAAAUAACAAAGCGUAACUGGUCUUUGAACGAAAUUCGAACAAAAUGCUUCUUUUGUUUCAAAUUCUCUUUUAGUACAUAUGCGUGUAGCUUUUAUGAGCCAGAUCCUACAGCUCAACUAACUAAUGGUUAGCUGGAAAGAGGUCCGUUUUUCCACCUUGCAUACGAAGACAUUAUACUUCUACGAUCGGUAUGGGCACACCUGCUUUUGGAUAUUUCGUUCUUCUUGUAGAUAUGCAUAGAUAUAUAAUCCUAUACCGAAUCAUUCUGAAACCGAAGCAUUCGUCGUAUGGAUGGACAGGAGUCGUUUAGCAAUCCGCGUAUCCGAUGUGGUGGAAGAUCCAGAAACCGCACAGUUACAAAAGCUAAGACAUUGCAAUAGAAAUCAUUUCUUUCAUUUUUUGUAGAAAUAUGCCGCAGUAGCUGCAAGGAAAUUUCACUCAAGUCUACGAUGGUGGUCCGCCCAGCACAUGUAAAUUAUUUUAAGUGUGUGGAAAAAAAACUUUCUUUAUUUUUGUAGGGUUGUGGUUGCCGUAGACCGUGCCUGUCCAUGUCUACAACACACUAGCAUUGUACAAAGUUUCCACCGAAAACAAGAAGGAGCAAUCGACAUCUUCAGACAAAGCCAUAUGUAUACUGUCUAUUGUCACAGUAGCGCAGCGUUGGGAGCAGGAAAAUAUGUGUUUUUUCUUAAGUUCCUCUAUCUCCUUUCUGACUAAAAAUCGGCUUAAAUUAAUGUAUUCAUUACAGUGCUGAUACCAAUCAAUCAGUCGGCAUAAUGGUCGUGGGAAGAUCUGACCACACAGUUAAAAUUACACGUGCCCUUUCGCCUGUUUUGUUUACCUACCGUGUACAUGUAGCAAAAUUUCUUGAGGCAAUGGGAAUCAAAUGCCAACUUGAAAGCAAUAUCACCAACACUCAAUUCAACAUCCAUACAACACGUCGAAUUUGCAUUGAAUUGAAGCUAUCUCCCUAUCAACAACAAGGUCAGGUCUCUCAAUUCAAAUAUAACCGUUUGCACCUGCUUUUCAGCUUGUGAGAAGGUGAAACAAGGAUGGAAUAUUUUAUAGAAUCAACUGCGUUUUGGCUUGUUUGUCUGGUUACCUGCCUUGGCACAUAGGACUACAGAGUGAGAAAUUUUAGUGGUUUUAAAUUACCUUUGCACUUCUUGCAGCGAUGUUUCACAGUUGAAUGUGCCUGUGCGCAUCGACUAGGUAGAAACGAAAGGAACUUCUUUGGAGUGGACAAGCUAGCGAGGGACCGGUCAGUUUCUUGUUCUACACAGGGCUCCUAAGAAGUCUAGGGUCGGCGGCUGUUCCUGUGCUGCUGCAAAUCGUUAAAGGGAAUCAAAAACGAUGCAUCAAGUCCAUCCAUUUAGGCUUGACCCAAGCAAGCAUACGACCGCCACAACGACAACUGCUUACAUUUCACCACCAAAUGCCAAUGCUACAUACUUCAAACGAGCAGAAUAAAUCGAGAGAACAUCGAGUGUAGCAGAAAAACGCAAGAAAGCAAACAAGGCUGUCCUGUCUCGUACGCCUAUUUUGAAAUUAGAUGUAAACUUAACGUUUCUACAUUACAGCCAAGUUGUCUGCCCAAAAUGGGCCGCUUGUGUCUACAAGGGUGCAGCGCUUCCUAGCACACAAAAUGUCGCCGAAAAAGCAAUCAACGCUCAGAUCAGGCUAGGCCAAGUUUAAGAUAUCCGCUGUCCAAAGCACGGCCACGGGCGUCGAGAGCGAACUUGGAAACAGUCCUGCGAGCGAUGUGCUAGCCUAAGCACGUAAUGCAAUUGGCACCGCACAGAGAUGUGCGUUCGGUCCACGCUAAAGGGAAACAAAUGCGUUUGGACCGAGAGCCGCUACACCGCACCAUCACCAGCAUUCGCUGAAGAAGUGAGCUGAUGUGUUGUCGUUGUUACAGGGCUGCUGCCUGCAAGUACGCUAUGGGCAUACUAGCGUCGUCGUCGCUAACUAAUUGUCACUUUCAGCGUUGUAUUUUUAUAACAUCCGGACAGAUCAGCAGCUAACGACGUGUAGCCAGUCGUUUAUCGUAAAUGGGAACCAAUUGCGAUUAGUGUUCGAGCAUCCGAAACGGGAGAAAUACAGCAGCCACAGUUCAAGACGGGCAAGAUCAGUCAGCUCAGACAGCUUAUCAGAGUUUGAUGCAGACGUGCAGGUCCCAGAUGGAACCAAUUUCAACGGGCUGUUGCUUCAUUUGUACUUUCCUCCCGUAGGUAGUCCAGAAUAAGAGGUACCCAUAUUCAUCGCAAAAGGGAAUCAAAUGCGAUUAGUGUUCGAAGACCGAGCUAGCUAGAGACGCUAACCUACGCUACGCUUUGCCAGUUGAGCCGUUAACUCCUGGCAUGACGAUCCAAUACCGCAAAAGGGAAUCAAAUGCGAGAUGGUACCACAGUCGAGCUCCCCGAUGAGCUCCUGGUAAAAUUCUUCACUUCAGCACAGCAAUCGUAAAGGGAAUCCAAUGCGAUGUACAGCGACAGCGGCAGGCAGGGUCUCAAAGCCCUAAAGGUAUAAUAGCAGUGUUUUUGGUGCAUGUACGCUUUCCAGGAACGGCUAUACACCCAUAUUCACAAAUGAGUCAGAACUAUUGUCACGCCAGGUCCAGAUCCAGGACUGUGUGGUCCACUUGUAUACUGCGCGCCUUCCUGCACACUCGUCACGUUGGUCUC